AUGACUUGCAGAAGCCGUGGUAAGACGACACCUCGUUGUCACCCAGACUGCAAGUCAAAAAUAUUAUUGGAAAGUAUUUGUACAUCGUGCCACGCGAUGAAGGAAUGUUUAAAAAACAAUGAGGAAUUUGAAAAGUAUUUUGAAGAGGAAGAGUUUGAAACUAGUAACUGGCCAUGUGAAAGAUGUUUAGAUGCACUUAAAAGUAUCAAAAUGUUUUGGAAGAUUCUUCUAGAAAAAAUAUUUAAUGUUAAUAUUAUAAAGAACACAGAUUUUAAUUCUCAGAACAAUUGUAUACGGACAGACAGUAUUCGUUCCGUUACCAAGGAAUGGCAAAACGAAAUAGUUCAUCAAGCUUUAUUUCUUAAAAAUAUUACUCCGCUAGGAACCGGUGUGACAUCUGGAAGUCCACGAAGAGUGAGUAAAGUUUCUACGAAAGUCAGUCAAUCCGCGUGCGGCGAAAAGCCAUGUUUAAUAAUAGAAGCCACAAAAAGUGACAAAAAUUUCACUGAACAUAUCCAUGUUAAGACAAAUUCAGAAAUCGGCAAACCAAGAAAAGUAAUAUUGAACAGAAAAAUAGUACUGGGUCAAAUAAGAUACAUUCCAAACGACCUUGCAGAAAAUUAA